AUGUGGGAGGAAGCUGAAGAUGUAGUAUUGAGAAGGGAAUCAGAGGAUGCACAAGGUUUAGAAUCCCAGGAAAAAAAGUUUUACUUGAACUGGAAUAAGACUGCAGAAUUCACAGCCAUGCGGGAGCAGUAUAUGCGAGGUGGAGAGGGAUUCAUCAUCUGUUACUCUGUCACUGACCGCCAGUCAUUCCAGGAAGCUGCCAAGUUUAAAGAGCUCAUUUUUCAAGUCCGCCACACCUAUGAAAUUCCCUUGGUGCUGGUGGGUAACAAAAUUGACCUAGAACAGUUCCGCCAGGUAUCUACAGAAGAAGGCUUGAGUCUGGCCAGGGAAUAUAACUGUGCUUUUUUUGAGACUUCUGCAGCCCUCAGAUUCUGCAUUGAUGACGCCUUUCACGGUCUAGUGAGGGAAAUCCGCAAGAAAGAGUCCAUGCCAUCCUUGAUGGAAAAGAAACUGAAGAGAAAAGACAGCCUAUGGAAGAAGUUAAAAGGCUCAUUGAAGAAGAAGAAAGAAAGCACGACAUGAUAUCCUUGCUUCUAACUCCCUUAUUCUCUUUCUGAAUUUUAUCAGUUGGACAAUUCCAUGUGUUGCAUUUGGCUUCAAUAUUUUCUGUCUCUCUCUCUCCUUCUCUUUAAAUAUCUGCCUAUAGGUAAAAGCAAGAUCUGCAUAACUGUACCUCUUGAGAUAGUUUUGUUUUGCCCUUAACAGUUGGAUGGAUUUUGUCAAUCAGCUGGAUAUGCUGUUUAAGUUUUUACAAUAUAUUACUAAAUAAAAUUGA